GCCUGCCGACGUGGCGGGGCGGAAGAGGAGCUACUGGCUGGUACCAAACGGAUCACCAUGUCUCAAGCCGAAUGCUCCGACAUGGACCCCUCUGUCGACAUCACACCUCCUCCUGCCCACCCUUCUCCCACUGACCCUGCCUCCUCUCAGGACAUCCCAGCAUCCCUCACUCCCCCCGAGGCCCCUCUGCAGUCUGUUCUGAACUCUGAGCGUCUCACCCAGUCCACUGAGGAGACAAAAACAGAGGACACAGCAGCUGAGACUAAAGCCACAGAGGGUCCAACUGACCAACCAGAGGCUGCCGCUGAGAGUCAGGUGGUUGAAUGUGACCAACCAGUGAGUCUGGAGGCAGACACAGAGGAAAAUGAAGAGAGGUUGCUUCAGGAGAAGGACAAAAGUUGGGGAGGCUGGGGUUCAUGGGGGAAAUCACUCCUAAGUAGUGCCACCUCCUCAGUGGGUCAGAGCUUGACCUCGGUGAAAGUGAAGGCAGGGGAGGCUCUGCGUCUCCACAGGGCCUCAGUCGGAGAGGAGGCCCAAGAGGAGGAGGAGGAAGAAGGAGCACAGAAGAAGAUAGAAGAAGGAAAAGGAGGAGAGAGUGGAGACACUGACCUGUCCAGCUCUGCAGAGUCAUCUGGCAGCGCUGCAGCUCCUGGCAGGGGCGUCUUCUCCACCAUCACAAACGCUGUGCAGAAUACAGGUAAGUCUGUGAUCAGUGGAGGUUUGGAUGCGUUGGAGUUCAUUGGAAAGAAGACCAUGAAUGUUCUCGCAGAGAGUGACCCAGGCUUCAAGAAGACCAAAACCCUGAUGCAGAAAACUGCAUCACUGAGUCAGAUGUUAAAGGAAGCAAAGGAAAAGGAGCGUGCACGUCUGGGUAACCAUCCAAUAAGUGAACCCACAGCUCACUACAGUAUACUGUUUGACGACUACCAGGGUCUGUCACACCUUGAGGCCCUGGAGAUCCUGUCCAAUGAGAGUGAGGGCAAGGUCCAGGCUUUUCUUUCCUCCCUGGCAGAAGAAGAACAAGACGAGGUAAAGAAGGAGCUAAUUUUCAUCAAAGAUAUCUUCAUUAAGCGAGAGGAAGAGAAAGAAGGAAAUGAAGAUGAAAAAGGAGACCAAGAAGGAGAGACAAAGGAUAACGGUGAUCUAAGUUCCCAAUUACACUGUUCUACCCCCCUGACAGCAGACAGCGAGGAGUUUGUAAGUGUUCUUACUGAGCUGCUGUUUGAGCUUCAUGUUGCUGCAACUCCAGACAAACUUAACAAGGCUCGCAGGAGGGCCCAUGAUUGGGUGAGCGAGGUGGAACAGCCUGUCAUCACAGAGGCGGUUGGCAGGAAGAUACAGGACCUGCCGGGAGGAGAGGCCUCACCUGGAGAGAGCGAAAAGGAGGAGGAGAAGAAAGACGAGCAAAAGGAGGAGAUUAGCAUUGGGGAGGAGAUGAAGGGUGGAGAGGAGAAGAGUAAGGAGAAAGAGGAGGAGGAUCCCAGAUCUGUGGAGGCUGUCUAUCUAUCCUCAGUGGGAAGCCUGGCAGAAGUGACGGCCCGCAGUAUCGAGCAGCUCCACAAGGUGGCAGAGCUCAUCCUCCACGGUCAGGAGCUGGAGAAACCAGCCAGAGACCAGGCUCACAUCCUCACCAGGUUAACGUGUGCCAUGUGUAAGGAGGUGGAGUGUUUGGCCAGGAAGUUCUCUGAUACGCUGCAUCUUGUUGGGGGUCAGAGAAAAGCAGAGGAGCUGACUCCACUGGUAGACAGUGUACUGCUAGAGGGCUCCAACAGCACAAACUACAUCCAGAAUGCAUUUCAGCUGCUGCUGCCCAUCCUGCAGAUCUCCCACAUACAGAGCCAACAAAGCCGGCCCGACACAGAAACCACCGCACAAACACAGCAAUAACACACACACAACCUGCUCACACACUUGUCUUAAUGUAUUUAGUAUUGUACAGUGAGGAGAUUAUUUCAGAUUAAGUGCUUUAAUCUACAGUAAGUGCCAGAGCAUCAGGAAAGGAUGUGUAUAAAUUAUAAUAACAUAAUAUAGUUUAGAAAGUAACAGUUUAAUUAUCAGAUUCGUGUGCCUACAACUGACACAAAUGUAGUGUCCAGUCAUGUCGUGUAUACGUCUCUUCCACAUUGUGUCUUUGAAUGUUGUUUUGAUUUUUCUCUGAUGAACCAAACAGAGAUGAUUUGAGUUCUGCUGUUUAAAACAAACAUGUUUCUUUAUCAUCUCCAAAAGCUGAACCAAAAACAAAACCUAGCGAUUCACUGAAGGUGUUGAAGGGAUCUGACAUUAAUGUAUUUAAGCUUUCUUUGCACUCCUUGUGGUCCGUUGUUAUUCAAACAGAAAGAGCGUUGACUAACACUACCAAUGAGUUGUUUUCUGUAAUGUGUUAGCCUGGUAUGUCGAAAUAUGCCAGUAUUAGAAAUGUUGACUCUUUACAUGUUUAUUUUUGUGCUAAAUUAUGUGAAGCAACACUACCAUAUACUGUAUAACUCUAGCUUGUCCAGGUUGGUAAAAUUAUUUGAUAUUAAUCCUUGAAGUGAUAAAAGAAAAUAUUAAGUUCCCUCUUCUCCAUUCUUGUGUACAUUUGAUUCAGAUGUGUUCACCUCGAAUUAACGUUCAAUGUGCUGCUACAUUUAUCAAGUAUAACUUGGAUUUGGGGGAAAUUUGCUUAAUUAUCUUAUUGCCAAACAAUACCACUUUUAUGUGAAGUUAAAUAAAUAGAAAAACAUAUGUGCAGCUAUUCUCACUUUCUUUAAGUUUCUCUGUCAGCGCCUCAAUCCACUGAUGAUCGUGUAUCUCGCCUGUAUUCAGAUAUAAACCUGCAGUAAUGUAAAUCAUGAUACUGACAUAUCCGCUUUCAAGUGUUUCAUAUUGCCACAUACAGCAGUUAAAAAAGCAAAAGAUGGAUUGUCAUAUUGUGUUUUUUCCAUAUCAAGAUUUUGAGCUCCAUUUCACCUCAAUUUUAAACUUGGUUUACAUCUCUAUCACAUACUGAGAAAAAAAAUGACCCUUUGACUUCAAAUGGCUUCACUUUGUGUUGUUUGGUGCUCAGCAGGUAUUACAAAGCUGACUUGGGUUCCACUGCCUUUUGAUACUUUGUUAAUACAAAGUGUAGCUGAUCAAAAUUUAACCAGAAAACUUGUGAUGUGCGGGUACGUUUUUGUGAGAGGUUUCUCUCUAUUUCCAAUCUAGCACUCUAAAUUCUAUGUUAAGCUAACACACUAGUUAAAUAUUGACUAAACAGAUAUGAAAUGGGAUUAAUUUCCUUCUCUUGGCAUUA